UUAGAAUGGCUUGAAUUUGAGUUUCAUGAGUGCCUGAAUCCAGUCUAAAACUUUUGGAAACACUCCUGCUGCUGCUGCUGCUGCUGCUACUGCUGCUGCUGUAUUAUAAAGUUGACCUACAGACCCCCGAUUUGAGGGACACUUAAUUUAAUGCUCAGGACUCAUGGAACCAAACUAACUCUGAAUGAAGAAGCUCACCUUUCCCCUAUUUGCACUUUUUUUCUGAAUUUCUUUCACUGCCAGGAGAGCUUUGUAGAGCUGAGCACAUUGGAGAACUAAGUCAGCAACAUUGGAAUCAUGGUCCCUUCACUGCACUGGCUCCUGCUACUGUGGGGACUUCAAGGACUUUGUGCACAGGACUAUGAAGAAGACUAUGAAGAGGAGGUGGUGACCACCAGGAAGAAGAGCAAACAAUUUCCAUCUAAUUCCAUACCACAAAAUGGCAGAGCACGCAUUGAUGAAGAUUGUGGUUUGGAGUUGGCCUUCCUGAUCGACAGCUCAGAGAGUGCAAAGGACAACCAUGCCCAGGAGAAGCGCUUUGCCUCAGACGUGAUGACCCGGCUGCAGGGUCUCCGUCUGCAGACCGGCCGUGGGCUCAGCUCCCGCGUUGCCCUCCUUCAGUACAGCAGCCAUGUCAUCAUCGAGCAGACCUUCAAACAGUGGAGGGGCCCCGACGACUUCAAGGCCCGAAUCUCUCCCAUCGUGUACAUCGGCCAUGGCACCUACACCACCUAUGCAAUCACCAACCUCACCCGUAUUUACCUGGAGGAGUCGGCUCCCAGCAGCAUCAAGGUUGCCGUUCUACUUUUUGAUGGGGUCUCACACCCGAGGAACCCAGAUAUAUUCUCAGCGGUGGCCGAUGCCAAGAACCAGGGCGUGCGCUUCUUCACCAUCGGCAUCACACCUGAAGCCAAUGAGCCCGCCAAUAUAGCUCAGCUGCGGCUGAUUGCUAGCUCCCCAGCCUCGCGCUACCUUCACAACCUGCAGGAUAGAGGCAUUGUGGACAAAGUCAUCAAGGAGAUUACGGCGCUGGCGGAUGAAGGGUGUCCUCUGGCCCAGAGCCAGUGUGCCUGUGACAAGGGUGAGAGGGGACCCAGCGGCCCUCCUGGUAAGAAAGGUCGACCUGGCGAAGAUGGAAGCCCCGGCUCAAAAGGACAGAAGGGUGAAGGUGGGCUGAGUGGACUUCCGGGUCGGGAAGGAGGCGAGGGAAAGCCAGGAUACAAAGGAGAGAAGGGAGAGAGAGGAGAGUGUGGAACACCCGGAAUCAAAGGAGACAGAGGUCCUGAAGGUACACUCGGCCCCAGAGGAAAUCGUGGACUUCAGGGUUUGCCCGGCCCACCUGGCGAUUUCGGAGCUGAAGGUCCAAUGGGUAAAAAAGGGGAAAGGGGACUUCCUGGGCCACCUGGAAUCCAAGGGGAAACAGGGAUAGGCCUCCCGGGUCCCAAGGGCGAUGUCGGCUUCCAGGGGCAACCGGGUUCUCCCGGCCCACAGGGACUUGGCGAGCCCGGACCACCGGGGCCUCAAGGGCCACAGGGAGUCCAAGGAGAGAGAGGACCGUUAGGAGAAGGUCUGCCUGGACCAAAGGGAGAGCGAGGCUUGGAUGGGCCGCGGGGGCCCAGAGGACAGCCGGGCGCUGGAAUCAAAGGAGACAAGGGGGAUUUUGGGCCUCCAGGUCUUCCAGGGCCUCUCGGCCUCCCAGGAGUUGGUAUACAGGGCGAGAAGGGCAUGGAAGGACCAAGGGGGCCACCAGGGAGCAGAGGCCUCCAAGGAGAGGGCAUGCCUGGACCCAAGGGGGAUCAAGGUUUGCCGGGCGAGGUUGGUGCCCCAGGAGAGAGAGGAGCUGGAGACCCUGGAGCUAAGGGUGAGCCAGGAUCAAUAGGAAUAUCUGGCGUGCCGGGCUUGCCAGGGGAAGACGGAGCCCCUGGACAGAAGGGUGAGCCAGGAGUUGUAGGCAUCAGGGGACCAGAGGGGACACCUGGAAUUGGCACUCAGGGUGAAAAGGGCGACCAAGGCCAGAGAGGAAUACGGGGCUUGACUGGUCCACCUGGCAUUGCUGGACCCUCAGGACCAAAGGGAGAACCAGGGGCACAAGGCAGGAUGGGGUUACCUGGACCGCAAGGCCGCUUCGUCUCAGGGCCCAAGGGUGAUAUUGGCCCAAGCGGUCCUCCUGGUCCAAUCGGAGAGACUGGCUACGGUCUUCCUGGUCCAAAGGGUGACCGUGGAGAUCGAGGCCCUGCAGGUCCGUUUGGUCCCAAAGGAGACGGCUAUCCCGGCCCCACGGGCCCUCCUGGUCUGCCUGGACUUCCAGGAGAACCUGGCCUUGAGGGAUUAGGCAUCCAAGGACCAAAGGGGGAUAUUGGUUUCCGAGGGUUGCCUGGUUUACCAGGACCUCCAGGCGAAGGCCUCCAAGGGCCUCCGGGUAACACUGGGCGGCCCGGCCCUCCAGGGCCAACAGGGCCACAAGGACACGGAGUUCAAGGAGCAAAGGGUGAGCAAGGAGGUCAGGGCGUGCCAGGACCAAGGGGGUUACCUGGAGAAGGCUUUCCUGGAGCUAAAGGCGACCGUGGCGGAGGAGGGGAGAGGGGGCUGAAGGGAAUCAAAGGAGAUAUGGGAGACCCUGGACUCUCAGGACAACCUGGACGAGCAGGUGCCAAAGGUGAAGCUGGCCUCACCAGAGAGGACAUCAUUCGGAUGAUCAAAGAGAUCUGUGGAUGUGGGAUCAAGUGUAAGGAGAGGCCUAUGGAGCUGGUGUUUGUCAUUGACAGCUCUGAGAGUGUUGGCCCAGAGAACUAUGAGAUCAUCAAAGACUUUGUGAAUGCCCUGGUGGACCGAGUCACAGUGGGCCGCAACGCCACCAGGAUCGGCCUGGUGCUGUACAGCCUGGAGGUGAAGCUGGUGUUCAACCUGGCCCGCUACAACACCAAACAGGACAUCAAGCAGGCCAUCAGAAACAUCCCGUACAUGGGAGAGGGCACUUACACUGGCACGGCCAUCCGCAAAGCGACCCAGGAGGCCUUCUACAGCUCACGAGCCGGGGUCAGCAAGGUGGCCAUCGUGAUUACUGACGGGCAGACGGACAAGAGAGAGCCGGUGAAGCUGGACAUAGCCGUACGAGAGGCACACGCUGCCAACAUCGAGAUGUUUGCUCUGGGGAUCGUGAACACCUCCGACCCAACGCAGGCUGAGUUCAUGAGAGAGCUCAAUCUGAUCGCCUCGGACCCGGACGCUGAGCACAUGUUCCUCAUUGACGACUUCAACACGCUGCCAGCUCUGGAGUCCAAGUUGGUCAGCCAGUUCUGUGAAGACGAGAACGGAGCCCUGAUAUACAACAAGGUAACCAACGGCUACAACGGCUAUGGAAACAACGGCAACAACGGCCACAGGAAUGGCAACAAUGGGAACUAUGCCAUCGGUGGUUAUGGGUACCGGCCUCUGACUGAGCAGCACAUACCGAGCGGAGGCAGGACUGAUAUCAGCACGGGCACGGGCACCCACAGCAACAGAGGCUGGGUAGAAACCACCCAGCAGGGCAGCAAAGGGUCCAGCACAGCACACGGUGGAGGAGGAGGGCAGCAUGUGGUCACAGAGACAAACUGGGGGACUCAGCGCGGGGACACAUUCACCAUCCACACGUCGGACGUCAAACCCGUCCCUCCUGCUAGAGAGGACUCCUCCAGCACCCGAGGCUCCUCAUCCUCAUCCUCAUCCUCAUCAUCUUCCUCAACAAAUAUAACCAUAUCAUCCUCAGGUGUCUCUGUACAUCACGUACCCGCUCCGAGGCCCGCUCUGCCCAAAGAGACCGUACCUUUGGACCCUCGCUGUGGCUUGGUCCUGGACCAGGGCACGUGUCGGGACUAUAACAUCCGCUGGUACUACGACAAGCAGGCCAACGCCUGCGCCCAGUUCUGGUACGGAGGCUGCAACGGCAACAAGAACCGCUUCGACACGGAGGAGGAGUGCAAGAGGACGUGUGUGAUCGGCUGAUCAACAGGAGGCUGAGUGAAGGCAUCUGCCAUACAUCUGCUGUAGAUACUUCAAGGAGGGGCAGCUAAGCACCAACUAUUCUUCGUAGGGUUAUGUAAAGUUCCGCAUAAUUCUCAGGCGUAUACAUGUACACUGAUGUCCCCUUACAUUUCAGUUCCUCUUUGUGCCCCUCCCCUCCUGUAAGCACUUAUUGUAAAGUUAUCUUCCCGUAUUUACAGUGAAAGAGAGCCGAGCUCUGACAGAUACCUCCAUUGUUGUUAACGCAGACACUCCCAUCCACUCAGGAAUACAGAUGAUCACCUUCACCACGUGUGUCCACUUCCACUGAUGAUCCCCACACCUAGGGGACCUUCUCUCUCUCUCUCUGCCUCGUACACGGUGUGCGAGAGAUUGUGAGUGAAAAAAAAAUGUUUGCUCAACAUGGCCAGUAAUAACUCUGGUGCCUUGUCAACGUCAGAAACAUAAAGCGCAGCGAUCAAUCAAAACAAAGACACAGCGUAGCUACUCGUUCCUCUGCUCAAACAACCACUGCAGGGUGUAUUAGCGCAGGAAAGAGAGCCAAUGACAUGCAGCAGAAUGAAGCCUCUUAUCACUUAUAUCAUAAAAUAUUAUAAUAGUUUGUUUUUAUAUUAAAUGACUGACGCUCUGUAGCUUCAUGGAACAAUUUGAUGCAUUUGAAUGUUUUGUUCUGAAUGAAAAUGUGAUGUUUUGUGUUUACAUUGUCUCUUUAUGAACACUAACUGUCUAUACGACAUGAAACUCAAGGACAGACACACACACACACACACACAUAUGCACACUGCCCUCUACUGGGUAACACAAGCUCAUGUCAGUGAAGUUGCCACACAACAACACGCCACACAGCUGCACCGAUUGAACCCAUAAUGUACUGUUAAUACACGGUCUGAUGUCAAACAUGUUUAAUAAAUCUGAUCUA